AGGCCAUCCGAGCACAAAACAGCCUGCAAGGGCGUGUGGGUGCAAAAAGCGGAACUGGCCGAACGCAUGUUUGGCAGAGGAGACCGGAUGGAUUGGUACAAUGCCAGACGCUUCGCUGGACGUGGAGCGAACGAUUCGGCAAAAGAUGGAAUUCAACAGAAAAGCCAACACUUCGAAUAGAAACAAUGAGUGUGGCAAGUUGA